UGUGGUUCCCUCUUAGCCAACUGUCCUCUCUUUACUCCCAUGCUGCAGAAUCAGCACUGACCGGCAGCAGUUCAGGGCCUGUCCACACCUCUCAAGAAAGAAUCUGGACUCCUGGGGGACAGGCCUCCAGACCUCAGAGUGAGAGUGGAUGGGGAGUGCUGGGAGCUCAGAAUUGCAUGUAGAGAAUAUAUACAGUUUUAUACAGUUUUAUGCCUGCAGCAGAACGCCAUGGCACCCUAGAAGGGGAGAUCCAAAGGUCAGGAAUUGGAGUGAUCUCCGUGUGCAUGGGUGCAGAGAUCGUGCUGGCCAUGGCCUGCUACCUGAAGCAAGUGGUGGCCGUUGUCUGCAUUAACGGGUUCAACGCUGUCAUAGGUGUUCCACUGCAGUACAAGGAUCUGGUUGUGACCCCCAUCCAUCCAGAUAUGGAGCAGUAUACAGGUGCACGCCUCUGGAGCUGAGCCCUACAGCCACUGUUACAGAGACCCAAGCGAUGCCCUGAAUCAGCAGAGCGUGUUGCCAGUUGAAAAGGCUCAGAGCCGGAUUCUUUUCAUCGUCAGAGAAGAUGAUGAAUUCAUCAGAAGCAAACUGUAUGCUGAGCAUGCCGUGGACCGGCUGCAGAGCCACGGCAGAAGCCAGGGCAGGGUUCUGGUGUACCCUGGCAUGGGCCACUUCAUAGAACCACCCUAUGCUCCUUUGUGCUUCGCGUCCCAGGUCCCAGGCUUUGCCAGACCCUUUCUCUGGGGAGAGCACCCUGCUGCCCACGCCGCAACCCAGGAGCACACCUGGGGAGAGAUCCAGAAAUUCUUUAGGCAACAUGUCAUCCAGACCAGAAGCCAACUCUGAGCAAGGAUGAGUGAUAAUGGGUGAGGGGGGAGAAGAGGCUAGCAUUGGGGAAUAACUAGGGUAAGACAAGGAAGAGGUGGGGUAGGGUUUCUCCAGACAAAACGAAUGGGCCAGGGCACAUGUGCCCCUGAAGUAUUUCUGACAAAUUUGUAUGUGUUUCAAAUUUUUUUUAAAUUGGAUCUUAGUUUGUAUAUGCUAGGGUACAGUGCUAUUUCAAAAUUAUGGUACUCUUGCAAAUUGAAUAGUCUUUUAUACUUCAGUUACAACUUCUUUGGAUCCAGGCAUUGCCAAUCUAGGUGAAUUCCCUAGAACUAAAAGUUACUUGCAAAAAUACAUCUUAUUUUAUUUUAUUAUUAAAUCAUAGCUGUGUACAUUAGUGCAGUCAAGGGGUACAACGUGCUGGUUUCAUAUACAAUCUGAAAUAUUUUCAUCAAACUGUUUAACAUAGCCUUCAUGGCAUUUUCUUAGUUAUUGUAUGAAGACAUUUGAAUUCUGGAUUUAGUAAGUUUCGCCUGUACCCAUUCUAAGAGACACAGUAGGUGUGGCCCCACCAAUUACCCUCCCUCCACCUCAACCUCCUCCCUCCCCUAAAUCUUAAAGCAUUUUGAGUUGGGUUUCUGUCACUUGAUAUAAAAAAUUCUAAUACUCCCAUUGAGUGUAAUGCUUGCUAUAAAUUUCCAGUAGGUACUUACAUUUUUUUUUUCUAGAAUAGUGAUACUUCUCUUUACAUACACACACACACUUUGGUUUAACAUAACCAUUUAAACAAAAAUCAGAUUGAAUUUAAUCAAAUGCUUUUACACACACACACACACACACUUUGGUUUUACAUAACCAUUUAAACAAAAAUCAGAUUGAAUUUAAUCAAAUGCUUUUUUGGUAUUUAUUAAAAUUAAAUCAGUUCAUAAUAUUAAAAUUGUUAGAACAGGGCUUGACACAUAAUUACUCUAUCAGAGUUAGCCAUUAUUAUUUGGUAAUUAUCAUUUUUCUCCUUGAAAGUGGUGAACUACAUUCAUUAAUAGAAUAAUUUUAUUUAUCUGAUUUUAAUAGAUGAAUGUCUCAUAGUGACCAAUUUGUGUUUUGAGAUUUCUUUUGGAGCCGAUCUAGUCAUUCAUAUUUUCUCAGAAUUCACCCUUUUUUCUAGAGUACAUUUUUCUCUCAUGAUUUUUCACAUAACCCCUGUUGCUUGUGGAUAUAUUUUCACUUUUUUCUCUCAGUCUGACUCACUAAAUAUUUCUUUUUUCCAGGGACAGCUUUUGGUUUAUUUAUUGGUCAGAUCUGUUUUUUGCUGAUUCAUUAAU